GAUUUCUACACCUUUAAAUGUGUAGUAAGCGAAGAAAAGAAGUGAAAAAUAUAUUGAAAGCGAAAGAAAGAGAUGGAAAAAUACGUUUCCGAAAUAUUAAAUGUUUCAGACUUAAGUGUAAUAACUAAGAAGCAUGUGAGACAGAAAUACAAAGAACAUGUUGGGAGGGAACUGAGUACAGAUGAGCGAGACAAGAUAAAUAAUCUGGUCCUUAACUUUGUUAAAAAUUUAGCAGUCAAACAAACAGGUUACUCUGACAUCAAUAAAAGCAGCAAAACUGAGGAGGUCUCACCUGGAAAUAAGGAAAACAUUGUUGGAGAGAAAACAAACAGGCGUUCCAUCUUGAAAGGUCAAGUAGUGGAUGCAGACAAUCUGUAUAAAGCAAAAUCCCCAGGAGUGAAGACUGCAAGCUCAGCAGCCAAAUCCAAUGAGCAUGCAGCAAGUUCAGACAAUCAAAAAGAUCCCUCGAAGAGCAGGCACAAGUCUGAGAGAGUUGAGACAGCCAAAAUGAAAGAACCCAAGUCAUCAACAUUGAAGGUGUCUGAUGCCAUCCGCUCACUACUUGCUUCUGAUGAUGAUUCCUCAAGUGUGUCCAGCCUUACAGGCAGUGACCUGGAGGUGGAUGAAAUGCUUGAACAAAAUAAACAGCUUGAUCGACUCAGAGAGGCACGUGAAAAGAAGAUUAAGAUGUCUGUGGACCGGAAAAAGGACAGCAACUCGAACAUGGGUAUUGAAGCAACAAAGCACUAUUCAGAGCUUUUAAAUGAAGGAAAUAGUUCAGACACUCUCAGUUUGAUCAGUGACCAAUCACCUCAAAGAAAACAAAAACAAGCCAAAGUCCUGGAAAAAAUUGAAAAGAAGAAGUUAGAAAAGCGGAGGAAGUCUGUGGAGGAAGUGUUUGGUCCCAAUACAAGUUCCAUGCUUGUAAAUAAGACUCCAGUUAAGUAUGAGAAACACAGUGGUGCAAUAAGAACAGCUUCAAGUGAAAAGGUGAUCAAGAGAAAGAAAAUUCUGAUUUCAUCUGGAAGUGACUCUGAUGCAGAUUUUAGUUCUCUGAAAAAAAAACAGCAUAUUAAAAAAUUAUCAAAGAGUUUAGACAAUAUAAAGACAAAAGUAAGUAAAAUAGAUUCUGAUUCAGAAGAUGAACCCUUGUCUGCGCUUGCAGCAAGAACAAAGGCCUUAAAAACAAACACUGAACCCAAAAAAAGGAAAAUUAACCAUUCUAGAGCCCAUUCGGAGUCUGGAAAGCGUGUUAAAAACUGGCUUGGCAAGAUAAAGUCUGCUAAGGUUGUACUGAACAGUUCUUGUGAUUCUUUACCCUCACUGAAUGAGUCAGAGAUUUCAUCUUUAAGUGUCAGUCAGAGUGAUGAUAUAACAGAAAGGAAAGUCAUCGGGCAAAAAAAUGGGCAUAAACAAAGUGUUAAAAAGGAAGAUAGAUCAAAACGACUUUCUACCUUUCACAAGCGUAAAAGUUUCUUAAUGCACAAUCCUAAAUCAAAGCAUAAAUUCAAUAUUUCUGCCUUAUCUAAAGGAAUCAAAGGCAGAGGUAGACAAAUGUCAAUGAAAGAGCAUGGCAUUGAUAGUGUGACUGUGCAAACUGAAUCAAGUGGAACGGAAAACACGCUUGUAAAUUCGUCUGAGUAUGAACUGUCUCAGGAUUCAGACCAAGAAAUCAAACAUGGAAAUAAGUUUGUGAAAUUAAAGCAAAAGUCAUCUAAGAGUCUCUUAACACUCCAUAGUAGCAAACUAAAAAGGAAAUCUGAUGUCUUUGAAAUCGGCAGCACAAGUACAGAAAGUGAUAUUGGGGAAGGACUUGGAGUUAAAUCCAAAAAACUUCAGCAAAGGUGUUCAUUGGCCGGCAAGGCAAGAGUAGGCUCUGUGACAGAUCGGCAAAAUAUGACCUUGAAAUGUUUGGACUUGACUGAAGACGAAUGUGUCAUCAUUAGUGAAGACACUUGUGAGGAUGAUCCUGCAGAGCUUGGAGGUAAAGACAAGCAUGUUAAACAUGCAGCUGUAAGAGAAGCAGCACUGGUUUUAGAAGAUUCACCCAUCAGGAAAGUAAAAAGAUCAGCAACUGCAAACAAAACGAAAGUGAUUUCUUCCACUGAGUCUGAUCAUGCAUGUCCCAACUCUGACUUGGAUCUAGAUGAUUCGGAUCUGGAUAUACCCCUGGCGGACCUCAAACAAAAGAAUACUACAACAGAGGAGGAUGAAGGGGAGACUUUAGUGAAAACAGCUGUAGUGGAGGAAAGUCCCAGCCUGCGACUCAUGAAGAGGAUAUGCCGGGAGUGUCGUUUGUUUGUGCGUGACGACCGGGAACUCAAGGAUUGUAGAACAGACGAGGAAAAGAUACGCAAAUGUGAACAAAUGCUGAGGGAGAUUGGCAUGGAAGGCACUCCCACUCUAGAGAAGGCAGAGGAAGUGAGGAAGUUGAAGGAGGCGGCAGAGCUUUGUGCACACAGUGUGAUCAGCAGUGAGACAGGUCGCGUGAUGAGGAAGGUGAAGAGUAUAUAUGCCCGUCGCCAGAUCUCCCCUCUCAAGCCCAUGAAACGUUCAUCAAACACCAUAACAGAACUAUCAGAGUCAGCAGACAGCGAUAGAAUUAGUGACAAUUAGGGAUAAGUUUUAUUUGUUUUAUAUGUGCAUCAUUUUGUGUAUUGUGGGUUGUUUAAGCAAAAUUGUCUUAAUAAAUUGUGAAAGCUUUGGCACUUGUUUCUACGAUUUUUGGCAACUUUUUGUCAUCUGAUGAAAUGUUAAAAAGACAGUGUUUUGAUAAUCUUUUGAUAAUGUCUUGCACUUAUUCGUAGUAAAGAUUGUAAUUAAGAAUGAAGAAAUUAUUAAUUGUUAUAAUAAUGUUAAUGUUGUCAUUUUUUUGUGUUUUGUUGUCAUCAAUUGGCCAGUCCUUUGUGGUUUCUUUAAAUUCUGUUAUGUUUUGGUUUCUUCAUUACCGGUACUUAUAGGCAUUUUUUGUAAUUAAUAAGUGGUGUGCAUUUCUCCACAGCAAAUAGAAAUAUUGAUGAUUUCAUCUUUUUGCUCUCCAGUUGUUUCUUUAUUAUGCCAUUUAUAUUCAGCUUCUACUAAAAUGAGCUUGUUCAAAUGCGUUAUAAUGUGAAUCUAAACUACAAGAAAGCACUACUACAUGUAUUAAAGUGUUCAGAAUGAACUGUAAAAUUACCAAGGUUCUGAUAAUAACCAUGUUAUGCUGUUAAUUAAUUUGACAGUGCUUUUAUAAAUUGAUCUUUACACCAUUUUUUUGUUGUAAAUAAAGUGAAUUUUUUUCAGUGUAAAAAUAGGGAAUAGUUUUUCUAGUGUUUAUGUCAUUGGUGUCAAUCAAUUAAAUAUAUCAUUUGGAACACAUAUAUUUUAUAUGUAUUUAAUUUACAGAUGUAAUUGAUGACUUUCUACACAUGUGAAACGUGCUAAUAUUUAUUCUGAAUAAAGAUUUAUAGAAAUA